AGGCCUGCUGAGCGCUGGCUCUAUGACGGAGUGAUUCUGCAGUGCAAGGAGACGCCUGCGUGCUGAAGAGAGCCCGUGUGGUGGGGUCGUCCUCUCUUGCACUGAAAAGCUGAACAGACGCACGGUUCUGCUGCGGCAGCUCAGCAAGCAGGAGCCUUACAGCCAUUUCAGCUUCUUUCCACCUACGGCGGCGAAGGCUCUGGAGGUCUCUCACCAGUAGCACGGGUUACUGUCGCUGACGUACACGCAGGCCGUGACGAGGAACGUGCGGCACAAGCUGACGGCGCGCUCGUCUCAGUGGCUGUGCGAGGACGGGCCGGACGCAGUGCCGCAGCUCCUGCACGAGAUCCUGCUCACGCCGCAGCCCUUCGACCUGGGGCUGUCCUGCCCUCUGCUGGCCACCGUGGCGCGCGUCUUCCAGAUUCACAGCUCAUGCACAGGAAGAAAGACACGGUUGUGCUGAAGAUUGGAUCGGUGAGCGUCGCUCCUCAGGCCGACAAUCCACUGCCGCGCUCAGUCCUGCGCAAAGACAUCUACCAACGGGCGCUGAAUCUGGGCGUUCUGCGUGACCCGGGGUCAGAGGUCGAGGACCGUCAGUAUCAGAUUGACCUGCAGUGCAUCAACAUGGGCACGGCUCACUGGGACGAGCUGCGGCCGGAGCGCGAGGGGUCAGCGGGCGGGGAAAGGAGUUCCCAGAAUCCCGUGCUGGAGUGGAGCAUGGCUAGCAGCAUCCGCCGGCAGCAGGAGAAGCGAGUGAUCCUGUCUCCGAUCAUCACGGAUUUCUCUGUGCGGAUCACAGCAGCUCCAGCUGUAAUUUACCGGAAGCCUCUGUCAGCGGAUCACGGCCCAGCCGAGGUACACGGGUAUUACAGGAAACUCCUAACUUGA